GUCACGUUGGUAGCUUAUGGCGGAUGUAUAAAUGUUACUAACAUUUUUCAACAAUAUUUAGCACACUGUUACAACUGUGACAUUUGUGUGAGCAUGUCAGUGGUCUGAUAAUGCAAACAGUGAUCUGUGCACCAAGAAGAAGCUGGAAGAAAUAUCGAUUUCAGUAAGAAAGAAGAUUCGAUGAAGGAAGCAUGCAGAACGAUUAUCUUCGUUUAGAAGUUGCGUACAUGUGAUUUGUGGCGUAAACGAAUGUUGUUUUGUUUGAAGUUUAAUUUAAAGGAAUUAGUUAUCAAUCUUUCAUGGAUUCGAAUUUAUUGGCCUCUAUAAUUAACCGAUCUACAACUUGUACUAUCUUCAAUGUAUACUUGAAUGGAGCGAGAUUUGAAGACGAGCCUUACAGAAGCAGACGAUAUUGCAAGUGGAAGGUCAUUGUAGAUAAUACAGGGCAAAGAUGGCUUGCUCGCUUGAUUUCUUUGCUGGAUUUUUGGGAGGAUGUGCCGGUAUUAUGGUGGGAUAUCCUUUGGAUACAGUCAAGGUCCACAUGCAGACUCAAGACUGCCGAAAUCCAAAAUAUCGUGGCACGUGGGAUUGUUUGCGCUCCAUACUCGCAAAAGAAUCGGUGAGUGGUCUUUAUAAAGGAAUGACUUCGCCAAUCGCAGGGGUGGCUGUGGUGAACGCCAUCAUCUUCGGUGUUUACGGAUCUACUCAGCGGAGCCUGUCCGAGCCUGAUCGAUUGUCAUCGUAUUUCCUGGCUGGUGCGUCUGCCGGGCUUGCUCAAACCCCCGUCUCAAGUCCAAUAGAGUUAGCAAAAACGCGUCUGCAAUUGCAAUCCACCGGCCAAGGUAACUUUCGAGGACCGAUGCAGUGCUUGAGGAGCAUCUAUAGGCAGGAGGGUUAUCGUGGCGUCUUUAAGGGUCUAGGUAUUACAUUCCUCAGGGAAGGACCGAGCUUCGGCGUGUACUUUGUGACCUACGAGAUGCUGACCAAAACGUCCUCGAAGCAACCGAUUUCGACGCUUCACAUAUUGCUGGCCGGGGGGCUCGCUGGCACAGCUUCUUGGGUGAUUUCUUAUCCCAUCGACGUCAUCAAGUCGCGCAUACAGGCGGAAAGUAGUAAUCGUUACUCUGGAGCUUUGGACUGCCUCAAAAAAUCUGUACGCGCCGAAGGAUACAGCUGCUUGUACCGGGGUUUGAAUUCGACGAUCCUGCGAGCGUUUCCGACGAACGCAGCGACUUUCGCUGUGGUCACGUGGACGUUCCGAUUAUUCGGUGAGCAGCCGAACGAGGCACCGACGAAGGUGGAGGAUGUCGCGUCGAAAACCUCGAUGCAGACGAAAACUCGUACGGCGAAAGGAUAUGAAUCCUUCGCCAGUAAGUGGAACGUGUUCUUCGACGGUAUUUCGAGAAGUAGCGGUUUCGUCACUCCGUCGUACUCCGUCGAAACGAUGUUGCCGAUCAGCAGACUGAUGCCGGAUAACAGCGUCUGCUUCGUCCACAACUGCAGACAAUCGAAUUGUAAGCACGAUGCGUUGAAGAACGAAAAGAAGAAUACAUCCGAGGGUUGGGAGGAGAGAAAAAGAAAAUUGAGAAACGACGAAGAAGCUGAGGAGGACGAACAUGCUGAGGAGAAAAAGGAUUGUCGCAACGUUAAGACGGCCAUAAACACAUGUACUUGUAAUCUGCAACGCGUACUUGGUGUCUCAAAUCUGGAUAAUAUACUCGACGUCACUGCAGUCGAUGAAGUCUUUAACACGUGAUGUGUAUUUUUAGUGCAAUAUGGUGUGCAAGAAAGGAACAUAAUAUUCAUUUAAACAGAUUUUUCCUUCAUAACUAAUUUAAUUAAUGAUGAAUGCAUAUAUAUAUAUAAAUAUGUAUAUCACAAGACAACGCACAAGAUGGAUGAGUAGUUUAACUGAGGAACGUUCCAUUGACGUAAAAUGGAGUCCCAUACUAUGUCUAUGGAAUGUUUUUACGUUAAGAGGUGAAGUUGGAUUUGGAUUAACAUUACAAACUCUCACUAGGAGAACGUAUAUACCUUCAAUUCAAUCGAAGUAAUUGAGUAAGCAGAAAAAUAAUUAUAAAUUUUAAAAUGUGCAUAUAUUAUAUAUUAAUCUGCUUGGCGUAGAUGCGCUUAUAAUGAAAUUUAUAACGGAAAAUGUGUGUUUCUAUCCUCUUUCUGUUGUUUUAUUGCAGCUGCUUGAUUCAAUCAAUAUUCAUCAAACAUCAAAACUGUCAUGUUUUAUACAUUUUUAUAAUCUCUGUUGAUUUGUAUCCUUAAAAUGAAUUAACGCAAUUAUUACCAAGCUCGCUAUGAAGCAGGAACAGAAGGGUCAGAAGAAUCUCUUUUGUCAAGCAGCAGUCUUUGAUUGAUUGGCGGACAUGUAAGACCACAUGUCACAGCCAGACGCGACAUUUAUUCGCUUUUAAAAUCAUACAAAAUAGUUUGUAUCCCAUUUACAAUCUCCACACCGAUUUCAUUUCCCCCCUUCACACUCUACCCGCGUUUUUUCAGUCUACGAAUUGGCCCUCGAUCCUUCCCCGCCCACGUGUCAAAAUUUUGACACAUUCCAAAUUCCCAGCACAUAUGAACACACACGGCAGCACAUUUCAGACAUUGCUAAUUGUUCUCAGCAAUUAAUCGCGAACAGGAUUUUAUUGUAACCUCGUUUUCACUCCAAAUCGACAAAAUUAUCAAGUUAUAAAUUGUAGUCACCAAA